CCCGGCGCGCGCGGGGUCUGGCGCAGAGCGCUGGGACUGCGCGGCUGCUCGGGCUCCGGCUGCACGGCGGGGCUCGGCGCGCGGAUUCUGGCGAGGCCCGCGGGCUUCCGGGCGGGCGACCCAGCAUGGCGGUGGAGGAAGAGGGGCUCCGGGUCUUCCAGAGCGUGAAGAUCAAGAUCGGUGAAGCCAAAAAUCUUCCCACCUAUCCGGGGCCAAACAAGAUGCGAGAUUGCUACUGCACUGUGAACUUGGACCGGGAGGAGGUUUUCAGGACCAAGAUUGUGGAGAAGUCACUCUGCCCCUUCUACGGAGAAGACUUCUACUGUGAGAUCCCUCGGAGCUUUCGGCACCUGUCCUUUUACAUUUUCGAUAGAGAUGUUUUCCGGAGGGACUCCAUCAUAGGGAAGGUGGCCAUUCAGAAGGAAGACUUGCCGAAGUAUCAUAACAGGGACACUUGGUUCCAGCUGCAGCACGUGGACGCCGACUCAGAAGUGCAGGGCAAAGUCCACCUGGAGCUGAGGCUGAGUGAGGUUAUCACCGACUCGGGCGUUGUCUGCCACAAGCUGGCCACGCGCAUCCUCGAGUGCCAAGGCCUCCCCAUCGUGAAUGGGCAGUGUGACCCUUACGCAACUGUGACGCUGGCAGGACCAUACAGAUCGGAAGCAAAGAAGACAAAAGUGAAAAAGAAGACCAACAACCCCCAGUUUGAUGAAGUGUUUUAUUUUGAGGUGACCAGACCCUGCAGCUACAGCCGGAAGUCCCACUUUGACUUUGAGGAGGAGGACGUGGACAAACUUGAAAUCCGAGUUGACCUCUGGAAUGCCAGCAACUUGAAAUUUGGAGAUGAGUUUCUGGGAGAGCUGAGGGUUCCACUGAACGUGCUCCGCCAGUCCAGCUCCUACGAAGCCUGGUACUUCCUUCAGCCCCGGGACAACGGCAGCAAGAGCCUGAAGCCGGGGGACUUGGGGUCCCUGCGGCUGAACGUGGUGUACACUGAGGACCAUGUCUUCUCCUCUGACUACUACAGCCCGCUACGGGACCUGCUGUUGAGGUCUGCGGACGUGGAGCCAGUGUCGGCAUCGGCAGCACACGUCCUGGGCGAGGUCUGCAGGGAGAAGCAGGAGGCAGCCAUUCCGCUCGUGAGGUUCUUCCUGCACUACGGCAGAGUGGUGCCCUUCAUCAGCGCUAUUGCCGACGCCGAGGUCCAGAGGACCCAGGACCCCAACACCAUUUUCCGCGGAAACUCAUUGACGUCCAAGUGCAUUGACGAGACGAUGAAGCUGGCGGGGAUGCACUACCUGCACGUGACCCUGAAGCCCACCAUAGAGGAGAUAUGCCAGAGCCACAAAUCCUGUGAGAUUGACCCUGUGAAGCUAAAAGAUGGGGAGAACCUGGAGAACAACAUGGAGAACCUGCGGCAGUAUGUGGACCGCAUCUUUAGCGUCAUCACCAAAUCAGGAGUGAGCUGCCCCACUGUCAUGUGCGACAUUUUCUUCUCUCUUCGAGAGGCGGCUGCCAAACGCUUCCAGGAUGACCUGGACGUGAGGUACACCGCUGUGAGCAGCUUCAUUUUCCUGAGAUUUUUCGCUCCUGCCAUCCUGUCCCCCAACCUCUUCCAGCUCACACCUCACCACACAGACCCGCAGACGUCUAGGACGCUGACACUUAUCUCCAAGACUAUUCAAACUCUUGGCAGCUUGUCCAAGUCAAAAUCUGCCAGUUUUAAGGAAUCGUACAUGGCUGCAUUUUAUGAAUUCUUCAAUGAACAAAAAUAUGCUGACGCAGUAAAAAACUUUUUAGAUCUGAUCUCAUCUUCUGGGAGAAGAGACCCCAAGAGCAUAGAGCAGCCCAUCCUGCUUAAAGAAGGGUUCAUGAUUAAGAGGGCUCAAGGACGAAAACGCUUCGGGAUGAAGAAUUUUAAGAAAAGAUGGUUCCGCCUGACCAACCAUGAAUUUACCUACCAGAAAAGCAAAGGAGACCAGCCUCUGUACAGCAUUCCCAUCGAGAACAUUCUGGCCGUGGAGAGACUGGAGGAGGAGUCCUUCAAGAUGAAGAACAUGUUCCAGGUCAUCCAGCCCGAGCGAGCGCUGUACAUCCAGGCCAACAACUGUGUGGAGGCCAAGGCCUGGAUCGACAUCCUCACCAAAGUGAGCCAGUGCAACAAGAAACGUCUCACUGUCUACCACCCAUCCGCCUACCUGAACGGCCACUGGCUGUGCUGCAGGGCUUCCUCGGACACAGCCCCGGGCUGCUCCCCCUGCACUGGCGGCCUCCCAGCAAACAUCCAGCUGGACAUCGAUGGGGACCGAGAGACGGAGCGCAUCUACUCCCUCUUUAACUCGUACAUGAGCAAACUGGAGAAAAUGCAAGAAGCCUGUGGGAGCAGGUCCGUGUACGAUGGGCCGGAACAGGAGGAGUACUCGACGUUCAUCAUCGACGACCCCCAGGAGACCUACAAGACACUGAAGCAGGUCAUCGCUGGGGUUGGGGCCCUCGAGCAGGAGCACGCUCAGUACAAAAGGGACAAGUUCAAGAAGACCAAGUACGGGAGCCAGGAGCACCCCAUUGGAGACAAGAGCUUCCAAAGCUACAUCAGGCAGCAGUCUGAGACCUCCACCCAUUCCAUUUGAAGCACGAUGUCCUGUCCCAGGACGGUGCCCUGAGCUGCAGCAGGAAAGCCGCGGUCUUCGGGAAGGAGGGAACAGAGAAAGGACAAUAGGGCAGGGCAUCCGCACUUCUGCAGCUCACCUGUGACCGGCGCCAGGCUCACGGGACCUCUGAGGCUCUCCCCGGGCCCCGUCUGUGGUUGCUGGUGCACUGUGUCCACACUGGUGGCCGGCGACCUGAGCUGGCCUCUCUGGAAGGAGGGGCCAGGGACGCUGUGCUUUCUGCAGAGCUUGGGCUUCUGAGUCCUGUGCACUUUUGCUGGGCUCUGGUGCCCGCUCCGUGGAGCCCUGCAGCUCCCUCCUUUCACACACUCUGCUUCAGCAAGACCAGGACGCCGAGCGCAUCGUCUCCUCUGAGCCUGCCUGCCGGCGGCCGUGCCCACAGGCCUUCUGGGUCCAGCCCUGACGUUGGUAGUAUUCCUGGCUGAAGGUCAGUUUUGUGGCUUCGUUGUGUAUCACUGCACGAAGAUCCCAGUGUGAGGAUGCUCUUGAUGAUUUGCAGGUACGGGGUCCUUCUGCACAGAGUACCUGCGGGGAGGAGGUUCCAGUCUGCUCUCGCAGACAUGGGUGUCCCAGUCCUGUGGGCUGCAGACGCUGGCAGAGCCGGCGACGGGCCGAGCUGUGUGUCCAGCCCAUCCCCCUUCAAGCAAAAGUUGUUGCUGUUUUGCUGUCAGUGGAACUUAAAAGUAGAAUCCACAUUAGUCGCCCCUUCUGGAAGUUUGAGGAAGGUUUUUAAAAUAGAAAUGUGCAUUAUUUUCAAGCUGUUUUUCUUAACGUUUUUAAAGGGCCGUUUCUAAUGAGCUCCUUGAUAUAAAGUACCUCGGAACAUCUAGGCCAGUACUCGUCAAAGGGGAGGGUGCACAGCAAAGCAACAAAGGGAAUGAGCUGCUUCUCUUGGAAGCCAGUGGAAGGCCCUCCAGAGCUCACCAAGGGACGCGAAGCCCUGAGCUGUGCAGACCCUGCAGCCCCCAGGAGCAGGGCUUUGCUGGGUCUCUGUGAAGCCCCUAGAAGCUGCCAGGCAGUGGUGGGUGCUUUUCUGUUGGGGUGGGGGUCCUGACAUGGGGCAGUCAGCCUCCGAGCUUUGGAGAGCACUGUUCAAACAUGCAGACCUUAUGCCCAUCCCUUGCUUUUAUUUGCAAAUACCGUCCUUCGGACUCUGAACCUUGGCAGAUAGUAACAUCACUUGUCACCAAGACGGUGGAGGGAAACGUUGCAAAAAAUAAACUUUGGGACACACAACUAUUAGGCUGCACCAAACUGCAAUUUUUAACAUGGAUUUGUAACUUAAUGUUUCUAAGAUACUAAUG